CUAAGUUCGAUGCGCUCGGCUCUGGGCCCUGCCGUGAGUUCUCGGUGCGGGCGACAGCGCUGCUGAACAUGGCGUCAGACGGGAUGAUUUUAACGAACCACGAUCACCAAAUCCGGGUCGGAGUCUUGACAGUGAGCGACAGCUGUUUUCGGAACCUCGCGGAGGACCGCAGUGGCAUCAACCUCAAAGAUCUGGUACACGACCCCUCCCUGUUGGGAGGGAUGAUCUCGGCUUACAAGAUAGUACCAGAUGAGAUAGAUGAAAUCAAGGAGACACUGGUGGAUUGGUGCGAUGAAAAGGAACUUAACCUCAUCCUGACCACCGGAGGCACAGGCUUCGCUCCGAGAGACGUCACGCCAGAGAGACUUCCAGUCGGAGGCCUUGCAGCUCCCAGACCAGACGGAGAUGCAACUGGUCAGCAGGCUCUCGAUGGUCCCUCUGUAGAAGGUGGAGAGGAUGGGAGGGGGGAGAGACACCCUUCUCAUCCGUCGCAGGAAGUGAUGUGGUUGGUGUUGUACCUGGGACGACAGUCGUGGGUCAUCAGGGUGAACAGCAGGGGACUCAAGACACAGCCCUGUGGGGAACCGGUGCUCAGGGAGAUGACACUUGAGGUAUUGUUACCCACACGGACAGACUGGGUUCUGUCGGUGCUCCAGGCUCAGAUGGAGAGCAGUGGAGAUGGCGUCCUCAGUGGAGCGGUUAGUUGUCUGGAGUUGCUGGGGUCAUGGAAGAAACCUUGGACCUUCUGGCUGUGGGUGCGUUUUGCUGCCUUGAUAGCACGGUUCAGAUUGGCCCUCGCUGUUCUGAGUGCCACAGCUUCACCGGAUUUGAAGGCAGCAUUACGUUCCCUCAGGCUUGUGCGCACCUCCUUAGUCAUCCAAGGUUUCUGGUUGGCCCCCUCUCUGAACAUGUCCCAGUCAGUGCACUCAAAACAGUCCUGCAGUGCAGACAUAGAUCCCUCAGGCCACACUCUCACCUUCUUCACAGCAGGCUUUUCUCUGCAAAUCCACAUGUUGAUGGAAUUUUGGAAGAACAGUCUUCAUGUUGGCCUGGUUAAAAUCCCCAGCAACAAUGAAAACGCCCUCCGGGUGUGUGGUUUGCAUGUCACUGAUGGCACUGUAGAGGACUCCGCCGCUGACAGUUCAGGAGCCCGUUUCUUCUUUCUUGGCCGCAAAGUCACUGUCCUUGUCACCUGCAGCCGUAUCUCUGUCACCGAUCUCCUCCUCACUCGGCUCCAUCCUUCUUCCCAGGAAUGUUUCCAGUUCAUCUUGCCAGCGUUGCCGCACGCCAUCGACCUUCUCCGCGACGCGGUGGUGAAAGUAAAGGAGGCGGCGGACGAGCUGGAGGACCUGCCGUCGCCGCCGCCGCCCCUCUCGCCGCCGCCCAACAGCUCGCCGCGCCGCCAGACGGAGGACAAGGGCGUGCAGUGCGAGGAGGAGGACGAGGAGAAGAAGGACAGCGGCGUAGCGUCCACCGAGGACAGCUCCUCCUCCCACAUCACAGCCGCAUCCAUCGCCGCCAAGAUCCCAGACAUUAACUCGCGGGGUGUGCAGGUGUUGCCUCGGGAUACAGCCUCCCUCAGCACCACGCCCUCGGAGUCGCCCCGCGCCCAGGCCACCUCCCGCCUCUCGACAGCUUCAUGUCCCACCCCGAAAGUGCAGUCACGAUGCAGCAGCAAAGAAAACAUCCUAAGAUCAAGUCACAGUGCAGUGGACAUCACUAAGGUGGCCCGGAGGCACCGCAUGUCCCCCUUCCCCCUCACCUCCAUGGAUAAGGCCUUCAUCACUGUGCUGGAGAUGACCGCUGUCCUGGGCACUGAGAUCAUUAACUACAGAGAUGGGAUGGGUCGAGUCCUGGCUCAGGACGUUUAUGCCAAAGACAACCUGCCACCUUUCCCUGCCUCUGUUAAGGAUGGUUAUGCUGUGAGAGCGGCUGAUGGCCCAGGCGACCGCUUCAUCAUCGGUGAAUCCCAGGCUGGAGAGCAGCCCACUCACACAGUGAUGCCUGGUCAGGUGAUGAGGGUAACGACAGGUGCUCCUAUCCCCUGUGGGGCCGACGCUGUCGUCCAGGUGGAAGACACUGAGCUCCUGCGCGAGUCUGAAGACGGCACAGAGGAGCUGGAGGUACGAAUCCUCGUCCAGGCUCGUCCAGGGCAGGACAUCAGGCCUAUUGGUCACGACAUCAAGCGUGGCGAGUGCGUGUUGGCAAAGGGAACCCACAUGGGCCCGUCUGAAAUCGGUCUCCUGGCCACGGUUGGAGUCACAGAGGUGGAGGUCCAGAAAUUCCCCGUGGUGGCCGUCAUGUCCACGGGAAACGAGCUGCUGAAUCCAGAGGAUGACCUCCAUCCUGGGAAGAUCAGGGACAGCAAUCGUUCCACCCUGCUGGCCACAAUCCAGGAACACGGCUACCCCACCAUCAAUCUGGGCAUCGUGGGAGACAACCCCGAUGACCUUCUCAACGCUCUGAAUGAAGGCAUCAGCCGUGCUGAUGUCAUCAUCACCUCAGGAGGAGUGUCCAUGGGAGAGAAGGACUACCUUAAGCAGGUGAUGGAUAUCGAUCUUCAUGCUCAGAUCCACUUUGGUCGUGUUUUCAUGAAACCAGGUCUCCCAACAACAUUUGCAACCUUGGACAUAGACGGUGCUCGCAAACUAAUCUUUGCCCUCCCAGGAAACCCUGUGUCCGCUGUUGUCACCUGUAAUCUUUUUGUCAUCCCUGCCUUAAGGAAGAUGCAGGGCAUUUUGGACCCUAGGCCUACCAUCAUCAAAGCGAGGUUGUCUUGUGAUGUGAAGUUGGACCCUCGCCCUGAAUACCAUCGCUGCAUUCUGACAUGGCAUCACCAGGAACCACUGCCAUGGGCACAGAGCACAGGGAACCAGGUGAGCAGCAGGCUGAUGAGUAUGCGCAGUGCUAACGGGCUCCUGAUGCUACCUCCAAAAACAGAGCAAUACGUGGAGCUGCACAAGGGCGAGGUGGUUGACGUCAUGGUCAUCGGCCGGCUAUGAUGUCAUCACAGCGGGACGGCGAACUUGGCGUCAUAUAGCGCGGGUUGGAAUGGGUGGUUCACGGUGCAUGUCCACAUAUCAUUGACUAUUCUGUAAUAUGCAACGGCACAGCUAGUUUUUAUUGAUUUGGAUAACGUUGAGGUAUAGUCAACAUCUCGAUCACAACCUAGAUACAUAUGAAGAAAAAAAAAUUAAUUUAAAAAGAUUAUAGUAUUUCAAACAAAGAAAAAUAUAACUUUUAAAUGAAAAAAUCAAAUUAUAAAAAGAGAUUUAUUCUGUAAUAUAUUAUUAUGAUUAUUCUUAUUAUUAUUAUCAUUAUUAUUCUUAUUAUCAUUAUUAUAUUAAGGCAAAUUUGUUCCUUUCAUUGCAAUUGCUUUGUGUGUUCAAUGCUAGACCUUAUCUAUAGCAGUAGCAUUUUAAUAGACAGCUGUAGGUGCCUGCCAGGACAAAAAAAAAAAGAAAAUUAUUAUUUUCUCAUCGUUAGUGGAAAAAAAAAUCAGUUUUUUGAAAAAUGAAGAAAACAGUGAGGAAGACCACAGAUUUCCCACAGUGUUCAGCGAAAGAGGAAGAGGGGGCACGCGGAGGCCACCUCCUCUUUUGAGCACCCAUCAAGGUGACACUUCUGUUUUUCUCUCAUUAGUAUGCAUCAUAAUGGCUUCACAAAGAGCUUUGCUUGUUGUUUAUCUUGUGAGUCUUGUUUAUGUGCGCAGUGCCAAAUGCCUGGGCAGGGAAGGUGAUGUUGGGAGAGCGAGAUCUGGGGGGGGGGGGUACAUGCCCCAGUCAGCCCAGAACCCUAAGCUUCCUUAUAUUCACGGUUACCGGGUGUAAACUCUGCUCCAAAUAACCCCCCUCCUCCUCCUCCCCACUACUGGGGCGAGCCGAACCUGGGAAAAAUAAUCUUUUAUUUGAUCAACUAUUUAAGAAAAAAAAACAACAAAAAAAAACAGACAAAGAAAAGAAACAGCUUCUUUAAGUGCUGACAGCCUUUUUAACCAACUUCACAAAAAAUGUACAGAGAAAAAAAAAUGAGAACCAUAUUGUACAGAUAUAUGUGACCAGCACUCCUAAGGAAAUUAUUAAGCAAUGAGGAGACAUUGAACAACGCUGUACUAUAACAUUUUCUGUAAUGAUAUGAAACUGAUGAAAGAGACUAAGAUAAUAAAAAUCCUUGAUGAUUAUGUAAAAAAAAAACAAAAAAACAAGUUCUUGUUGGGUUUCCUUUUUUUAAUAAAAUAUAUCUAAAGAAAAAGCAUUGACUUUCUUCUUUGGUGCUAAGAUGUGAGGCAGCAUCGCCUAAAACUUAAAGACGUGUAUGGAUUUUUGAAUGAAUCAACAAUGCCCUUACAAAACAACAUCAAAAUCCUUAGUAGUAA